CUUGCCGAACGGUUAACUAGAAAUUUCCGCGAGUUUCCAAGCCGCAAUUUCCCGAGUUCAAAGAAUCUCGAAAUAAGUGACCCCCAUCGCACGAGUUUUCCGAGCAAUAAUUGAAGUGAUAAAGAAGCAAUCUGUGUUGCAGCGAAAAUGGAGGACAGCAAAGAUGAGCACCAGUUCGUUGUGGACGAUGUCAGUAAGAUCAUAAAGGAAGCCAUUGAGACGACGAUCGGAGGCAACGCGUACCAGCACGAUAAGGUGAACAACUGGACCGGAUCCGUGGUAGAGAACUGCUUAGGAGUGUUAACAAAGCUGCAAAAGCCUUACAAAUAUAUAGUAACGUGUAUGAUUAUGCAGAAAAAUGGUGCGGGUCUGCAUACGGCAAGCUCCUGCUACUGGAAUAACGAAACAGACGGAUCGUGUACGGUGCGCUGGGAGAACAAAACGAUGUACUGUAUCGUGUCGGUGUUUGGGCUUUCGAUUUAGGCAAAAAAAAGAGGAUGAAAUUGAAACGAACACUCAUAUGCACUACCGACGCGGGCAGCCUUUCGUGCAAAGGUGCCAUUGCUGGCACAUAAGGGCUGUCUUUAAAACACUACUAUUGCACUGUUGCUAGUUUCAUCUCAUUCCUGAAUUAUUCUACGAUCAUGAUUUGAUAAAUAUUUGAUUGUUUCCCUCGCAACUUUGAGAGUGGCACCAAAUUAAUGCACCAAUGCAAACGGCAACCAUGAACUGCUUCUAGAGAUAGAGAGAAACAAGGUACGGAUGAACCGGUUGCGCGCGUGAGCUUUUUGUAAUUUAUUAUUUUUUAAAUUAAAAAAAAACAUACUAUGCAUAAGUGCGCGACGAUAACGUUUACGCUCGCUACUCAUGAAUUGUUAUAAAGGCAUCACUUGAAACAUCGUCUCAAACUGUUUUUAUGUACUAACCGCUAGUACCGUUACUAUCUAACUGCAGCGCUUUUGAUACUCUCCCGAUUACUCCUGUUCAUAUUUACCUAUACGCUCUGCAGUAGUUUGAUGAUGUGCAGUGAUAGACAACAUCGGAAGGCCAUAUCUUGUGGACGGUACGGUGCAGACGAUUAAAAAGAAAAGCUGUAAGGCUGUGUAGGACUGAAGGAGAACAAGGGAAGGGCACAACAGUCGAAAUGUCGUUCCUGUAAAGACAGAUCGCUACUGAUCGUUUGCAUUGUGUAUAAGUAAGGGAGAGGACGAGGCGAUGGACGAGAGCCGACGUCGCGAAGAGGUGUAAAAUAUCAAAUGAAGGUGGCGAUCCCGGCGACCGACCGGUGAAAAGUGUCUUUGCAUCCCACAUUUCCAUGUAAUUAGGUUGUACGUUGCGACAAGGUCCUAGCGAAACGGAGGUGAACGUACGUUUUGUUGAUGGGCAACUGAUAAACACUAGAAAUAAAAAUCAAGAGGAAACACCAGA